AAUGGAUGAAUAUUGAAGGAAAUGAUAAUAAUUGUGCCUACCUAAUAUGUACAGUAUCCAUAUGUUGAAAUAUCACACUGUACACUAUAAAUGUAUACAAAAAGAUACAGUGAAAAGAAAAUAAAAUAGAAAACAAAUAAAUGAUUUGAUAACACAAAGAGAAGAAAGUGGGUGCAGGUCUGGCCCUUAGUCACCAGCAACUGACAAAUCAUUUCUCUGCCUCUCAAGGUAAAUCAUUCACCUUAACUGACCAACUGCACUAUGAGAGCAACCUCUGUCUGCCUUAACCUUUCUCCCUCCCACUGAUAGACAGGCAGUCCUUAAAGGAUUUAUAGAGGAGGUAGAAAGGAUUCGUGACAGUAAGGGCAGUCUGUGACCCAGGACUGACUGCACCAUGAGUAUCUCUGCUCAGAGCCCCACCAGAUUCACAGGCAGCAUCUCUGGCUUCCUGCAAGUGGCCUCCGUGCUCGGUUUGCUUCUGCUGCUGUUCAAAGCAGUCCAGUUCUACCUGCAGAGGAAAUGGCUACUCAAGGCUUUCCAGCAGUUCCCAUCCCCACCCUCUCACUGGUUCUUUGGACACAAGCAGUUCGAGGGUGAUCAGGAGCUACAGGUGAUUAUGAAGACUGUGGAGAACUUCCCAAGUGCCUUUCCUCGCUGGUUCUGGGGGAGCCAAGCUUAUCUUAUUGUCUAUGACCCUGACUACAUGAAGGUGAUUCUGGGCCGGUCAGAUCCAAAGGCACAUGGAGCCUACAGAUUGCUGGCUCCUUGGAUUGGCUAUGGUUUGCUCUUGCUGAAUGGACAGCCGUGGUUCCAGCACCGGCGCAUGCUGACCCCAGCCUUCCACUAUGACAUUCUGAAGCCCUAUGUGAAAACCAUGGCCGACUCUGUCCGGUUGAUGCUCGAUAAAUGGGAACAGCUGGCUGCACAGGACUCCUCUAUAGAGAUCUUUCAACACAUCUCCUUGAUGACCCUUGACACCGUCAUGAAGUGUGCGUUCAACCACAAGGGUAGUGUCCAGGUAGAUGGAAAUUACAAGACCUACAUCCAGGCCAUUGCAGACUUGAACAACCUAUUUUAUUCCCGUGUGAGGAACCUCUUUCAUCAGAAUGACACCAUCUACAGUCUGUCCUCCAAUGGCCGCUUGGCUGACCGUGCCUGUCAAGUUGCCCACGAUCAUACAGAUGGAGUGAUCAAGCUGAGGAAGGAUCAGCUGCAGGAUGAGGGAGAGCUGGAGAAGGUCAAGAAGAAGAGACGUUUGGAUUUUCUAGACAUCCUCUUGUUUGCCAGAACGGAGAAUGGGGAUAGCUUGUCUGACAAGGACAUACGUGCUGAGGUGGACACAUUCAUGUUCGAGGGCCAUGACACCACAGCCAGCGGACUCUCCUGGAUCUUCUAUGCUCUGGCCAAACACCCUGAACACCAACAGAGAUGCAGGGAGGAAGUUCAGAGCCUCCUGGGGGAUGGAUCCUCCAUUACCUGGGAUCACCUUGACCAAAUGCCCUACACCACCAUGUGCAUCAAGGAGGCCAUGAGGCUCUACCCACCUGUCCCAGGCAUUGUCAGAGAGCUCAGCAAACCUGUCACCUUUCCUGAUGGGCGCUCUUUACCCAAAGGUAUCUCAGUCAUCCUCUCCAUUUAUGCACUCCACCACAACCCAAAGUUGUGGCCAAACCCAGAGGUGUUUGACCCUUCCAGGUUUGCACCAGAUUCUCCCCGACACAGCCAUUCAUUCCUGCCCUUCUCGGGAGGAGCAAGGAACUGCAUUGGGAAACAAUUUGCUAUGAAUGAGCUGAAGGUGGUUGUGGCCCUGACCCUACUCCUCUUUGAGCUGCUGCCAGAUCACACCAGGGUGCCCAUCCCCUUAAUGAAACUUGUGUUGAAACCCAAGAAUGGGAUCUACCUGCAUCUUAAGAAGAUCCACUAAUUCUGCUCUGGAUCUCAGAAGUCUGAAACGGGUGUCCCUUGAAGAAAACCAAGUCAUUUGUAUGAUAAACCUUCUGGAGAGUUCUACAGAGACUUGUCUUUCUCCACUUUUCAGUAUAAACCAUCAUUCCUCGGCACUGGACUCUCACCCUGCUUGAAAGACAGCAUCCUCUGAAUCCCUCUCUUUUAAUUUUCUUCCCUUUUAUAAAGACUCUUGUAAUAUAAUCAAGCACACUAAUAAAAUCCAAGACAAAUGUGC